UCGAGCGGAGGAAGAGGAGGAGGAGGAGGAGGAAGAGGAGGCUCAGGUUCUCAGCAGCAAUGCUGCAGUGAGCAUGCUCAGGGUGCUGAUCGUUACCAUGGCGAUCUUUGGCGGCGGCCAGACGUGUGGCGGUCAGGAGAACUGCUCGGCCAACAGCGAGUCCAAGGAUUACUGUUACUCUGCUCGUAUCCGCAGCACGGUGCUGCAGGGCCUGUCGUUCGGGGGCGUGCCCACCGUGCUCGCCCUGGACUUCAUGUGCUUCCUGGUGCUGCUCUUCGUCUUCUCUAUCCUGCGGAAGGUGGCGUGGGACUAUGGCCGCCUGGCGCUGGUCACCGACGCCGACAGACUAAAGAAGCGUUUCAGCAGCGUGGAGGAACGGGAAUAUGUUGCCUCGGCAAUGCACUCAGAAACGCCCGACCGCUACGAGCGCCUCACGUCCGUCUCCAGCUCCGUGGACUUCGACCAGAGAGACAACGGCUUCUGCUCGUGGCUGACGGCCAUCUUCAGAAUCAAGGAUGAGGAGAUCAGAGAGAAGUGUGGGGAGGAUGCUGUUCACUACCUUUCCUUCCAGCGCCACAUCAUCGGCCUGCUGGUCGUAGUGGGAGUCCUCUCCGUCGGCAUCGUCCUGCCCGUCAACUUCUCUGGAGACCUGCUGGAAAACAACGCUUACAGCUUCGGACGCACCACGAUAGCCAACCUUCAGUCUGGGACGAAUCUGCUGUGGCUCCACACCUCGUUCGCCUUCAUGUAUCUGCUCCUGACCGUCUACAGCAUGAGGAGACACACGUCCAAGAUGCACUACAAGGAGGACGACCUGGUGAAACGCACUUUAUUCAUUAACUGCAUCUCUAAGUACGCUGAGGAGAGUCAGAUCAAGCAGCACUUUGAACAGGCGUACGAGAACUGCACCGUGCUGGAGGCUCGGAUCUGCUACAACGUGGCCAAGCUGAUGUCUCUGAAUGCAGAGAGGAAGAAGACGGAGCGCAGUAAGAAGUUCUUCACCGACCUGAUGGCGAAGGAACACGUUCCCACCAUGAUCAACCCCAAACCCUGUGGACACCUGUGCUGCUGCGCCAUCACCGGCUGCGAGGAGGAGGAGGCGGUGAGCUUCUACACCAAGAGAGAGUCCAAACUGAAGGAGGAGUACAGGAAGGAGAAGGAGAAGGUGCACACCAAGCCGCUGGGCAUGGCCUUCGUCACCUUCCAGAACGAGUCCAUGACCGCCAUUAUUUUGAAAGAUUUCAACGCCUGUCAGGUUCAGGGUUGUCGCUGUCGCCAGGAGCCGGCCUCCUCUCAGUUCAGCGACGUUCUUCACGUUCACAACUGGAGCGUUUCGUACGCACCUGACCCGCAGAACGUCCGCUGGGAGCAUCUGUCGCUGGGGGGGGUCUCCUGGUGGAUCCGCUGCUUCAUCAUCAACUGCAUCCUCUUCCUCCUGCUCUUCUUCCUCACCACACCUGCCAUCAUCAUCUCCACAAUGGACAAGUUCAACGUCACCAAACCCGUCGAGUAUCUAAACAAUCCCAUCGUCACUCAGUUCUUCCCGACUCUGCUUCUCUGGGCGUUCUCCGCUCUGCUGCCGACCAUCGUCUACUACUCAGCGUUCUUCGAGGCUCACUGGACCAGGUCUGGAGAAAACAGGACAACGAUGCACAAGUGUUACACCUUCCUGAUCUUCAUGGUGCUGCUGCUUCCUUCUCUGGGACUCAGCAGUCUGGAUGUUUUCUUCCGUUGGCUCUUCGAUAGAAAGUUCUUGGCUGAUGCUAAAGUCCGAUUUGAGUGCGUCUUCCUUCCUGACAACGGAGCUUUCUUCGUGAAUUAUGUCAUCGCCUCUGCGUUCAUCGGGAACGCCAUGGACCUGCUGAGGAUCCCGGGGCUGCUCAUGUACAUGAUCCGGCUGUGCCUGGCUCGCUCUGCGGCCGACCGCCGCAACGUCAAGAGGCACCAGGCCUAUGAGUUCCAGUUCGGAGUGGCGUACGCCUGGAUGAUGAACGUCUUCACGGUGGUGAUGGCGUACAGCAUCACCUGCCCCAUCAUCGUGCCCUUCGGUCUGAUGUACAUGCUGCUGAAGCACCUGGUGGACAGAUACAACAUGUACUACGCCUACCUGCCGUCCAAACUGGACAAGAAGAUCCACUCGGGAGCCGUCACCCAGGUGGUGGCUGCACCCAUCCUCUGCCUCUUCUGGCUUCUCUUCUUCUCUACUGUACGCACAGGUUUUGAGACAGCGACCUCCAUGUUCACUCUGGUGGUCCUGAUCGUCACCAUCGUGGUCUCUCUGUCCCACAUCUGUUUCGGACACUUCAAGUACCUGAGUGCUCACAACUACAAGAUCGACACCAAGCAGGCGGACGCCGCCACGGUGGAGAACGGACGUCCAGCUCGUCCCUCGUCCUCGCCCGUCACCAAAUCUCAGCAGCAGCAGCAGCAGCAGCAGCAGCAGAUGUACAUCGCCCAGGUGCUCCAGGACCCCAACUCAGAGGAGCCGGGGGGGGGCAGCGGCGAGGAGGACCGCGGCUCGACCCAGGAUGAGGAGCUGCUGAACGGAGGAAACAGCAUCAACGAGGCGGAUUUCCAGUCGGGGGAGGACAGUCUGAUAGCCAACGAGGUCCGCCAGUAGCUGGAGGCGGAACCAAAGGGAGCAGGCGGAGCUAGCUGAGUCCUCAACCUCACGACAUGUGGAGAAUUAAUGUGAAUCACUGCACACACGCAGAUCUACAACAAGACAGACACAGUUAGCUCCACCCCCUCUCUGCUCGAAGACUUGACCCUGAUCUGUGACGCCGGCGCUGGGUCGCCAGGAUCCAGUCCUGCUCGUCUGUGGAAACCUGGUGGACAUCAAACUGUUUCGCAGGAAGUCACUGUACAUAACCACAAAGCCAAAAGUUUUUCUUAUUUUGUUUUGAGGACUGGGUUUAUAAUGUUGUGCCUGGGCUGGACUUUGUUUGUUCGUGCUGGUGUGUGGACUCGUCAUCCCACCGCGGGUCGAGGGACGCCCACCAGGGGGCAGAGCUGACGCUGUCUAUCUCCUCGGACUGGUAAACGCCAACAAACAUCUUCUGCUGUUGCCGUCCUCCGGUAUCGGAGAGCUAAUAAUUCGCCAAUCUCUCGUAGUGGUAGAAGCUUUGCUUACGCAGACGCAUCGCGGCCUCCUUCCCUUUUCACUUCCUCCUCUUUCUUUCUGUGGAACCCGCCUGUUGUUGGAUUUUGCUCGAACACAUGACCUGGAAGUUUUGGAUUUUUUUGAUCUGCCAAGCUUGUGCUGCAUGUUGCUGUCUGCGUUGAAGAUAUCUCCACCAGACGAUGUCAUCCAUCACAGGACUGAAGUGAAAGCACCUGAUCUCAGUCCCAGCAGCACGCCGUCCGACCCGCUGAGGGAACCUGAAGCUUCUGGCUCCUCGGCCAUCGAGCAACUGGAUCAACACAAGGAUUCCUUCCUUCCUCAGUUUGGAUUUCACCUGAACUACCUUAACUAAUGAAUACAAGACGAAGGGAACGGGGAUGUUUGUGUCUGUGUAGGUUUAGCAUCGCGACUCUUCACUGGCGGCAGAACUUUGUGAAGACGCUCUGUUGUGACCCGGUGCAGCAGCGCUUCCCCACCGUGGAUCCUCACACCUCACGCUGUCAGGAAGGACUCUCAAGGGAAAACGCUUUUUG